UGCCUGCGGCCGGGGGCCGGCCCGCCGCCCUCUCCUUGCCCUCUUCUCUCCCCUCCGCCGCCCCCGGGCCAAUAAAAUGAUGCAAAGCUCAGCGCUCGCUGCCGAAGGGGCUGUCAAGGGGCUGCCGGAGAUCCUCGGGGUGCCGGUACAACAGAUCCCGCAGUGCGCCGGCUGCAGCCAGCACAUCCUGGACAAAUUCAUCCUCAAGGUGCUGGACCGACACUGGCACAGCUCGUGCCUCAAGUGCGCCGACUGCCAGAUGCAGCUGGCCGAGCGCUGCUUCGCCCGUGCCGGCAGCGUCUAUUGCAAGGAAGACUUCUUCAAGCGCUUCGGGACCAAAUGCACGGCGUGCCAGCAGGGCAUCCCCCCCACGCAGGUGGUGCGCAAAGCUCAGGACUUCGUCUACCACCUGCACUGCUUUGCCUGCAUCAUCUGCAGCAGGCAGCUGGCCACCGGAGACGAGUUCUACCUGAUGGAGGACGGGAGGUUGGUGUGCAAGGAGGACUAUGAGACCGCUAAGCAGAACGAUGACUCCGAGGCGGGGGCUAAGCGGCCCCGCACCACCAUCACGGCCAAGCAGCUGGAGACACUGAAGAAUGCCUACAAGAACUCACCCAAGCCUGCCCGGCACGUGCGGGAGCAGCUCUCCUCUGAGACGGGGCUGGACAUGAGGGUGGUGCAGGUGUGGUUCCAGAACCGUCGGGCCAAAGAGAAGAGGCUGAAGAAGGAUGCGGGACGGCACCGCUGGGGCCAGUUCUACAAGAGCGUCAAGCGGAGCCGCGGGGCUGGCAAGCUGGAGAAGGAGAGCUCAGCUGAGGACUGCGGGGUCAGCGACAGCGAGCUCAGCUUCCGCGACGACCAGAUCCUCUCCGAGCUCGGCCACACCAACCGGGUUUACGGCAGCGUUGGCGACGUGGCAGGAGGACAGUUGCUGAACGGUGGUUUCACCAUGGACGGGACGGGGCAGCCGUACCAGGACUUGCGGGACGGCAGCCCCUACGGGCUCCCCCAGUCGCCCUCGUCCAUCUCGUCACUGCCGUCCCACCCGCCCUUGCUCAACGGGUUGGACUACGCCAUGGACAGCAGCAUGGGGCUGGGGGCGCAGGGGGUGAGUCAGACGCUGCGCGCCAUGGCCGGGGGGGGCCCCACAUCCGACAUCUCCACGGGGAGCAGCGUCGGGUACCCAGACUUUCCCACCAGCCCGGCCUCCUGGCUGGACGACAUGGAUCACCCCCCUUUCUAAGCGCUGCACGCCCCCCGCCCCGGCUCCCUGCGUGCUCCCCCAGCCCGCAAGCGCAGCGCCGGAGGUGCGAGAUGG